AUGGAUUAUAUUCCCAGAUACACUGAACUUAAAGAUCUUCGUUCGACUUUUAUCACCAAUUGCAUUUUUAGCAAUUUUACAACUCACACCUCCAUCAUGUUGAAUAUUGUGACAAUCUACGCCAUCCACAAAACUUCGGCUAUGGCAAAAACUUUGAAAACUCUGCUGCUGAGUCUUGCCUUCUCAGAUGUUGCUGUUGGUUUGUUUAGCCAACCAAUAUACACUUUCUCUCUGGUCAAGUGGUUACAACUGGAAAAUAUUAACUGUAAUACUUACCAAGUGCUGAAUAUUUCAGGUUAUUUAUUCUCAACUGCUUCGUUCCUUGGUGUUGUGGCUGUGAGUGUAGACAGGUUCUUAGCUGUUCAUCUUCAUCUCAGAUAUCAAGAGCUUGUGACUCAAAAGCGUGUUGUCGUUGUAGUGAUCGGGAAAUGGUUGUGCAGUGCAUUUGUUUCUUCGACAGUAUUGUGGGGGUUGCCUAGUGUUUGGAAUAUUACAGAGUCAGUUCUUGCAGCUUUCGGUUUCAUUGUCACAUUCGUGGUGUACACCAGAAUAUAUUUAAUUAUACGACGGCACAAGAAUCAGAUUCAUUCUAUGCAAGUACAAGAAGUAGCUCAUUCUGAUGAAAUAAAACACUUUAUUGUUCUAAUUAAAUCCACAGUUAGCAUAUUUUACGUAUAUCUCUUGUUGUUGAUUUGUUAUUUGCCUUUUUUCAUUUGCAAGGCUGUUAUUCGAAUCUAUGGCUCGAGUAUCGCUUUAAAACAAUUUUUCCUUUACUCAAUGACUCUCAUAUUUCUUAAUUCAUCUUUGAAUCCUGUCAUUUACUGCUGGAACAUGAGACACGUUCGACACGCCAUCGUCAACAUACUUCGAAAGAUGUUUAGAACCAGCAAUCGGUCAUUAGGGAUAAACUACAAUCGAUCAUCGAGUGUCAUCCAUGUUGAUAACUGAUCCACUCUGUGCGCCUAACAUGGACUGUGUGCGGCUUGUUCACCACAAAGGAAACAGGGAGAAAGAACAUUGUACAUAAACUCACGACAGUACAUGGCUCAAAACUUCGAUAAGUCAUUUUUUUUAUUUAGGGAAUUCCCUCGAAGCAUCUUCAAAAAAGCUGCUAUAACUCAUGACAAAGCGAAUUUUUACUUACAAUGUAAUCAUUUUUUUUUUUCAUAGAAGCAUUACCCUAAGAAGGAGUAAGAUAAAGUCCGCGAAGACAAUUGCUCGUACCUAAAUGAGAAAAAACUUUUACAGGCAUAGAGUUAAAAGCAUCUGUUUGCGCUAAUUUUAAUGAAUGGAUCACGCUGUAAACAGACAUCCUGCAGUAUUUUUCUUUCAAUUUACCAUUUUUUACUUCGAAGGAUAACUUGUAUUGCUAACAUCAUUGUGACAAUGUGAAAUAUUUACAAUCAAAAAGAGUUUUAUCGUUAUCGCUUUCGUUUGCACAAGUCUGACGAUUAACUAGGCUUGUUUGGAAAAUAGGAAAACACACACACACAAAAAAAAAAAACGAAAAUAGCUUUUGAAUAACUUAAUGCGAUCAAUUGCAGCGUUUUUACUAUUUCCUACGGAAUUUACUAUUUCCGAUGAUAUGGCAUAUAACUUUUAUCUUAAAUGACUGAAUUUAACUGCGACAGCUCACUUUUCGCGUGACCAUGCUGAUCGGGAUAGUUCUUUCUUGGUUUAUGAUAAUUUUCACUCACAUUUAAGACAUAAUUUAAGUGGCUUAAAAUAGCGUGUUGGAGGAGUAUACGGUGCUCAUAUUAAUAAACAGUCAACUCUUUAACCCCCCCUACUAGAGUGUAAUUAAAGAAAGUUUAAAGCAAGCAGAUAAUGAGAAUGACAAAGAAGAUCAAUUUAGGAACAUGGUAUUGAUAGUAAGAUGCUCGGGAAUAAACAGCAAAUAAAUAUAAGUUACGAUCAUGAGUGAAGAGAAUAAACUUCCAGCUCUUUCUUUAGAAGUUAAAAACUUUAAAUGAUUCCACGAUGAAAUGGUAUAGCGUCACAUCUGGAGCGUCACGUUUUUUCUCAGGAAGAGAAGAAACCAGGAGCACGUAUUUAAGAGGGAAAGGGAAAUUAUUGUUUAUCAUUGUCUAUCGAGUGAAUGGAAAACGAAAAUGGGUUGAUUGAUAUGCUUGAAAACUAAACAAACAGCGAAGAGUACUUCGAUUGCCUUUGGUUACACUUUUGUGGUAAAAAUUUAUUCAAAACAGAGUGCUGCAUGCGAAAACGAAAGUUAUUGAUUAGUCUGCAUAUGGUUGAAUGAGAUUUUACAUGACACUAGCUCACCGGGAAUUUUAUGAAUUUAAAAUUAACUAUGUUUUUCUUUGUAAUCUCCUUUCGCUUAGACGCAAUAGCAGAUAGGUUUUUUAAUUAAUUUAACAAUUCUUUCUAAUUUCUAGACAAGUUCAUGGGUCAGUUAUGUAAAAUAUAGUCAAAAAGUUAUUCUCGUUAUAAAAGUUUGUUUUAUUUGACAGAUAAUCGACGGCUUAAAUUUCAGGAUUAUCCAUUACGAUUACGUGGUGAUUUAAAGAUGUCUUUCAAAAUCUUGGAGAUUAUUUGUAGCAGCGUCGAUUUUUCCUGGCUCCAAGGAAAGACGGAAGGGGUUUCAGUUGUCGCUAACAGAGUAUUAAGAGGAGACUGACUGACCGAUUAACUGUCAGCUGAGGAGGGAGGGGUCAUUGGAAUCUCAUAGAAUCUUAUGGGGGGCUGUGUAAAGAUUGUUGUGACUCGACUAAGAUCCUCUAACACCCCCCCUCUCCCCACAGGUGAUAAAUAAUGACCAGUCUCUUAGGAGGAUAAAUGAAAGAUGAACUAUUUUUAAUGGCUCUCUGCUGUGAACUCAGAUUAUACGCAUUUACUUCUAAAAGCAACGAUUACUGCAAAAACUCAUUCAGGAAAAGCGAGAUCAGUGAUACCAAAAGUUCCAUAAGUUACAUAACUUAUUAUGGGUUAAGAUAAUUAAACCAAACAUUGCUUAUUGUUCAGAAUGUAUUGUUAUCAUCUUGAAGGCUUUUUGAUGUUUUAUUUAUUUCCUAAGGAGGAUUUUGGUUAUGUCAAGAUAAAAGUAACAUUAUCCCCCAUAAGACUGUAAUAUUUCUUAUUACCCCCACCUGCCUUGUUGCUUUGUCAGCUUGUAAGAAAGCUAAAAAACGACGCUGUUACAAAUAUCCUCCAAGGCAGGUUUUUUUAGCCUCCCCCCACACACACACAAACUCUCUUGGCGAUGACUGAUGACUGAUCCCACUCUGUUGCCCCUGAAAACAAGGAAAAAUCGAUGGUUUUCGAAAUAUUCUCCGAGAUUUUGAAAGGCAUUUUCAAAUUGCCACAUAAUCAUCAUAGAUAUGCCCAAAGUUUAAGCCGUCGAUUAUCUGUAUAAAUAAACUUUUGAACACUUUUAUUUCGAGACUAAUGUUUUCAAUACAUUUCAUUUUGUUGACCCAUCAACUUGUCUAGAAAUUGCAAAGAAUUGUCAUAAUUAUUUCAAAACCUAUCUGUUAUUUGCAUAUAAACAAAAGAAAUAACAAACUUCAUUUUAAGUUCUCAAAACUCCCGUUAUUAUCAAGAACCACCUGCAAACAUCUUCAGGAUAAUCAAUAACUCUAAAGCCACCUCUGUUUCCCUUUUCAUAUGCAGCAUUCUACUUCGACUACGUUUUUACCUCAAAAGUGUUACGACAAACUCGAUGCUCUUUGUUGUUUGUUAAUUUUCAAGGAUAUUGAUCAUACAUUUUCGUUUUGAAUCCACUCACUAGCGAAUGAUUAACAUGGAUUCUUCUUCCCUCGUAAAUACUAGCUCCUGUUUGUGUUUCUUCCUGAGGGCAUUACGAUACGCUCUCAAUGUGACGCUGUAUCUUUUUAUCAUAGGAUCAAUUAAAGUUUUUAACUUCUAAUGAAAGAACUGGAAGUUUAUUCCCUUCGCUCAUGAUCAUACCUUAUUUUCCUUGUUGUUUAGUCCUGAGAUUCUUAUUAUCCGUACUAUGUCCCCAAAUUGAUCAUCUCUGUCAUUCUUAUUACCUGUUUGCUGGAGAAAUUCUUCAAAUUACACAUUAAGGGGAGUCAAGGGGCUGUCUGUCUAUUAACUAAAGAAGAAGUUCGUUUCCACUAUUACAGAGUAAUUUGGGAAUUCUGCUUUUGAGGCAGAAGGAUGGAUGGCAAAACAUUUCCUUCUGUUUUAUUUGAAGCUGGCAUGUCACUUAGGGAAAACAAGGGAAAAAUGGAACCGCAACCACCAUUAUUGGUUUUAAAUUCUGAUUUGAAAUUAAGAGCGACAGAAGCCUUGAUGUGAAUAAAAUCUUGAGUCGUAUCCUACUUUUAUUUACAACCAUGACUACAAUUUCACCAUCUAUCGAUGACAAAACCAGCUUUCUUGCUCAAAUUAGCCUUUCCCUAUCACACUACAGAGUAUUCGAUUUAUUGAGUAAUUAAAAUUAGAACUAAGCGAUCGUUUGACUGCUGGAUCAUAUCACAAAGUUUAUGCGGUACAAUCUUGUUUGUCCCUAUUUCACUUUGUAAUAAACAACUACUGUAUGUAGUGUUUGUAAGCCACACAGAAGGUGUCAGUUAUCAAUAUGCACGACACUCGAUGACCGAUUGUAGUUGAUCCGAAAUGGCCGAUUGCUGAUCCAAGACAUCUUUCGCAGUAUGUCUAUGAUAGCGUGUCGAACGUGUCUCAUCUUCCAGCAGUAAAUGACAGGGUUCAAAGAUGAAUUCAGGAAUACGAGAGUCAGCGAGUAAAGGAAAAGUUUCCUUAAAGAGAUACUCGAGCUAUAAAUUUGCAUAACAGCUAUGCAAAUGAAAUAGGGCAAAUAACACGUUAAAAAUACGAGAUAUACGUAGAAUAUGCCAACUGUGGAUUUAAUGAGGACACUGAAGUUUAUCUCUUCAGAAUGAGCUUCGUUUCGUAUUUGCAUGGACCGAAUCUGAUUCUUGUGCCGUCGUACAGUUAGAUAUAUCCUGAUGUACGCCACGAGUGUGAUAAUAAAACUGAAAGCUAUAAUAAUUUUACCUAUAAGAUCCCGAGUACCAAGAAGCCCCCAAAAUAUCAUCAAAGAGGAAAAUGCACUGUACACCCAUAUGGCAAUCACAACAAUAACAACACGCCUGUGAGUCACAAGCUCUUUGUAUCUGAGAUGAAGAUGAACAGCUAAGUACCUGUCUACACUUACAGCCACAACGCCAUGGAACGAAGCGGUUGAGAAUAAAUAACCUAACAUCGUCAGCACCUGUUGAGUGUUACAGCCAGGAUUGUCUAAUCGAAGCCAGUUGAUCAGAAAGAAAGUGUAUAAUGGUUGAAUAAACAAACCAACAGCAACAUCCGAGCAGGCAAGACUUAGCAGCAGAGUUUUCAGAGUUUUUGGCAUCGUUGCAGUUUUGUGUAUGGCAUAGAUUGUCACAAUAUUCAACAUGAAGGCGGUGUAAGUAAGAAAAAUGUUAAAGACACAGUUGGUGAUACAAGUCGAACGAAGAUUUUCAAGUUCGGUGAAUAUGGGAAAAAACUGCGAAGACUGGUUACAAAACAAUUUGCCCAUGAUUUUCGCUAGGAGCCGCUAUUUAAGACAAAUACUGAAUGGUUUGCGAUAUUUUAGCGGGCAAACUUCUUACAAGCCUUACUGAGGACAACAACGAUAGUGCCCUCCGUCAUUCAACGUUGAAGUAAACAGUCUUUGGAUGUCAGCAGAUGGUUGCGGCCGGUGAUGAGAUAGGAAGCUACAAGAAAAUUAUUAUAAGUCUUCCUUGAUUACAUCCAUUCGCUUAACACGUGUAACUGCACGUUUGUAGAGCUCAUUCAAUUUCUCGUUCAUGUUCUUAAGAUUAAGCUCAUUUUAAUUGCCUUCGUUUAUUUCAGUGUGACAGCUAUGUUAACUAGGAUAUUAAUAAAACAUAAAAAAGCGCAUUUCAGGUCUCAUUUGGGAAGAAACUCAUGGAGUUCUUAAAGUUUUCCUCGAAAACGUAAUACGCGACGCGGUGACAUCCACUGAGCACGCUAAGCGCAAGACAGUGACCGCCAUGGACGUUGUAUACCCGCUGAAACGAGAAAGACGCCCGCUCUACGGUUUUGGAGGCUGAAGAAUGAAGAACUUAGCAGAAGAAUGAAGAGUUAGCAAGGGUGUAAAAGGAAAUACUGAAAUUUUUGUGAUACCCUCCAGGAGGCAUACAUACAACCACGAGCUUCUUCGCAAAUGAGACUUGAAAUGCGCUUUUUUAAUUAAUUAAUUUCGCGGGACUAAUCUCUCGAUUUGGCCAAAACAAGAGAUCAUAAACUGUUUACAAUCUCUUGGCCAAAAUUAUAUAUUAGAAGGAACUAAGUUAUGCGAAAUUUGUCAAAAUAUUGAUCAGCAGGAACAAAAAAUUAAUUAACAAGUAUAAAUAACUUGUCAUGACGUUUUACAAAGAGUCAGAUAAGAAUAUAAUGGCACCUGUACGAAGCGGCACCACAUUAGCGGUCACCCUGUAUUGGGCGGUUGUUUGUUAAAGUGCUGAAAAUGGUAACCCUUAGUUAGUGUAAUUUUCACCUCCAUCAAGCGGUCACCUUUAUUAAUCCUUUGAUCCCUAGGAGUGACUAGCUUCUAAUUUCUCUUUGCAACAUCACUCCUGCGUCAUACAUUAAGGUUAUGAGAAAAUUGGAAAUGAUCACCAAAUAAAAGCAGUUCUUUCUUGUUACGCAAAUUCUCCUUGUCAGUGUCAUUGGAAAUGUAUAGAGAACAGUAUGGAGAAUAUGCAUAUUGAUGUUAGGGUGUAAAGGGUUCAGCAGUGGCGGUCACCCUUUCCUGAGUCCAAGUAGCUUGUUGUUAUCUUUACAUGUCUAUUUUGAGAUCCAUGUUGAUGCUGUUCUUUCAUUUUAUUAUUGGCUAUUUCCUUGCUCUUCAAGUAUCUUCAUAAUAACAACAUCUCACUAAAGAAAAAAAAACUGACUCCCGUGUACCUGCUAUUUCCUUCCUCUUCAAGUACCUUCAUAAUAACAACAUCUCACUAAAGUGAAACCAGCUUUACUAUUCAAUUUAAUCUCUUCGUCUUUGCUACUGCAAUUCCUAAAUACAUUAUGUCAUUAAAAAAUUGAACUGCACAAUAAUAUUGGCCAUUGGGGCAUAUCAUUGAAUCACUGUUUACUCUAACGACAGCAAACCGCACAAAGCGCUUGUUAGCCGCACAGAAGAUUUUAUUUAUUGAUGCAGAAGACACCUGAGAACCGAUUUUAAAUUACGCUGCUGAUUUCUUCUCCGAGACAUGUUCCGAAGUAUGUCUACGAUGACGUGUCCAAUGUGUCUCAUCUUCCAGCAGUAAAUUACAGGGUUCAGAGAUGAAUUAAGAAAUAUGCGAUUCAAAGAGUAAAGAAAAAAAUAUUGAGCUCAUUUUAAAUUUUAUCCCAGAGUGACAGCUAGCUAUGUUUGUUAAAAUACUAAUAAAACAUACGUAAUGGAACUUUUGGUCUCGUAACAUUUGGUCUGUUUUUGUUUUCAUACGCAGCAUUCUGCUUUCACUAAGUUUUUACCUCAAAGUGUUAAGGUAAACUCGAUGCUUUUCGUUGUUUGUUUAAUUUUCAAGUAUGUCGUUUAAUCCAUUUUCGUAUUGAAUCCACUCAUUAGCCAAUUAUUAACAUCAAUUCUUCUUCCCUCGUUAAUGCUAAUCCCUUUUUGUUUUUUUUCCUGGAGGUAUUAUGAGACGCUCUCAAUGUGACGCUAUACUGUUUUAUAGCAGGAUCAAUUAAAGUUUUAACUUCUGACAGACGUGCAAGUUUAUUCCCUUCACUCACGAUCAUACCUUAUAUUUAUUUGUUUUUUAGUCCUGAGAAUCUUAUUUUCAAUACCAUAUCCCUAAAUUGAUCAUCUCUGUCAUUCUCAUUACCUGUUUGCUUGAGAAUUUCUUCAAAUUACACAUCAAGAGUAGUCAAAGCGUUGACUCUUUAUUAAAAAGGAAAACGUUCGUUUCCCACUAUUACAGAGUAAUUUGGGAAUUCUGCUUUUUAGGCAGAAAGAUGGCACAGGUUUCCUUCUGUUUUAUUCGAAGCUGGCAUGUCAUUUAGUCGUCAGAGCUGGUUUCAGAGAUUUGGCAAAACAGUUGGCAAUUAUUUGGGAAAAUUUACAAGGAAAAAGAAAACUUUUCCGAAGUCCGCAACCACCGUUAUUGGUUUUUAAUUCUGAUUUUUAAUUAAGAGCGACGGAAACUUUGAUAUGAAUAAAUCAUGUGUACUACGGAAUCCCCUGCCCCCCUGCCCCCAAAAAAUAAAUAUUGACCCUUCCUUUUGUAGGAUAUAUGACAGAUGAAUUAUUUUUAAUGGCUUUCUCCUAUAGAAACCCAAAUUGUACGCAUUUACUUCUAACGGGAACGAUUAUUGAAAAAACUGAUUCGCAAAUAGCGAGAAUUGAGGUAUUAGAAAGAGGUCCAUAGCACAUUGUCAUUUACUGUUAAAGGUGAGACACAUUGAACGCGCCCUCAUAGAAAUACCGAAGAGCAUAUCUUAGAAAACAAAUCAGCCAUCUGGCGCAAUUUUACAAUCGCGUUCGAGUAUCGUUUAUGGUGAUACAUGAAUACCUCUGGGACGGCGGAGCUAGGGGCUGGAGCAAGGGAAGCUUUCAAGGACACUUUUUAUCUUGUUUUUGUAUGAGUAUUUACAUCUAUAAGGUAUAUGAUUUAAAAACAAGCCUCGGGAGAAAAAAUGUCGAUUUCAAAAUACAAUUGAACAUCUUGACUGCCUCCAUAUGUGAAUUAAUUUGUCUGACGUAAGUUCUUUCUUUGUCAUUGGCUGACAUCCCAAAAACCCAUAUUGCGAGAGUUAAGAGGAUUCCUUUUGUUGAAUUUUAUCACUAUUGGGAGGAAAGAUAACAUUUUAGGCAGAAAGUGGAAUCAGCUAAAAGAUUUUCUGCCUAAAAUAAGGAGAAACUGUCCUGCUAAAGAAUUGCAACACGCUCUGUUUGUCUGGAGUAGAUGGUCCUAUCUUUUAUGAGUGAGUUGAUAUCAUGAGCGAAUUAUUUUGUAACGAGUCUUUGGAUUAUUUUCCCACAUACACUGAACUUAAAGAUCUUCGUUCGACUUUUAUCACCAACUGUAUUUUUAACAAUUUUUUAACUCACACCUCCAUCAUGUUGAAUAUUGUGACAAUCUACGCCAUCCACAAAACUUCGGAAAUCGCAAAAACUUUGAAAACUUUGCUGCUGAGUCUUGCCUUCUCGGAUGUUGCUGUUGGUUUUUUUAGCCAACCAAUAUACACUUUCUUUCUGGUCAAGUGGUUGCAUCUGGACCAUAUUAACUGUAAUACUUACCAAGUGCUAAAAAUUGCGGUAUUUUUAUUCUUAGCUGCUUCUUUUCUUGGUGUUGUGGCUGUAGGUGUAGACAGGUUCUUAGCUGUUCAUCUUCAUCUCAGAUAUCAAGAGCUCGUGACUCGCAAGCGUGUUGUUGUUGUGUUGAUCGGCAAAUGGUUGUGCUGUGCAUUUUUUUCUUUGAUGUUAUUGUGGGGCCCACCUAGUGCCCCGGGUCUUAUUGAUUCGGUUGUUACAGCUUUCGGUUUCAUUGUCACAUUCGUGGUGUACAUCAGGAUAUACUUCACUGUCCGACGGCACAAGAAUCAGAUUCAUUCUAUGCAAGUACAAGAAGUAGCUCAUUCUGAUGAAAUAAAGAACUUUAUUGUUCUCUUGAAAUCCACAGUUGGCAUAUUUUACGUAUAUCUCGUGUUUUUAAUUUGUUAUUUGCCUUCUUUUAUUUGCAUGGCUGUUAUUCGAAUCCAUGGCUCGAGUACCGCUUUAAAACAAUUUUUUCUUUACUCACUGACUCUCAUGUAUCUAAAUUCAUCUUUGAACCCUGUCAUUUACUGCUGGAAGAUGAGGCACGUUCGACACGCUAUCAUGGACAUACUGCGAAAGAUG